CUGGCAAUUGCAAAUCAUUAUUUAUAAAUGGCGACUCGCAGUAGGCAAGUUUUGCGGCUUUAUAAAGAUUUACUUCGGGAAGCCGAAAAAUUCCCUAGUUAUAUGUAUAGAACAUACUCUCUACGGCGAAUCAAAGAUGCCUUCCGAGAGCACAAAGCAGAAACUGAUUAUGAGAAAAUAGAUGAUCUUAUUACAUAUGGAAAUGCUAAUUUAGAUAUAAUAAAACGUCAGAGAGAAAUUUUUGCUCUUGUGAAAAGCAGUAAAAAAAGUGGUAAUUCAUAUUUUUUUUGGAAUAAAGAAGAAAAGUUGGGCAAACUAAAGUCGUGAUUGGCCAGCUAUACCGAGGACCUGAGACUGUGAUAGAGAGACAUCUGAAGUCAACCACUAAAGCAAAGCAAUGAAUUAUAUUAAAUAUCAUGCUAUUUGUAGAUAAUUUUUGUUAUUGUUCACACAUGUAAGCAUUGUACUUACAUUUCUAUAAAAAAAAUAACACAUAGCUUUUUAAGCCAUAGCUGUUUCAUAAAAUGCCUGAGUCUUCCGUUUACUGCAUACAUACUUUUUUGUAUAUAUGUAGAAAAGACUGUUAUGCUAUGAAGGUUUUGUGUCCAAUUUCAUGUACACAUAUUUGCAAUUAAAGUUUUUAUUCAUAUGUUGCUAA